UUGAUGUUGUGGCUGUGUGCUGCGUGUGUGUUUUUCUUUCUUUCUAUUUUUUUUUAACCACACACAAAAGAAGGGAGGAGUUAGAGGAACGGUCUAGCCACUAUGAGUCAUCCCACACUUCGCUCUUUCCCCGGGAGAGCAAAUGCAUGAGGAGAAUGUCUUGAGAAACAGAAUUCCUAACCAGCAUAAUGCUGGAGCCGGGGGCCACCAGCCUGCAGUUUUCAGAAUGGCCGAGUUGGACGCGGAUUUGGAUCACAUCCUUCCCUCUCCUGUUCUUCCUCCUUCCUGGGCUAAGUUAGUAGUGGGACUGGUGGCCAUUGUGUGUUUUGCUCGGAGCUAUGAUGGAGACUUUGUCUUUGAUGAUUCAGAAGCUAUUGUUAACAAUAAGGACCUCCAAGCAGAAACACCCCUCGGUGACCUGUGGCACCAUGACUUCUGGGGCAGUCGACUGAGCAGCAACACCAGCCACAAGUCCUACCGGCCUCUCACCGUCCUGACUUUCAGGAUUAACUACUACCUGUCAGGAGGCUUCUACCCCGUGGGCUUUCAUGUGGUCAACAUCCUUCUUCACAGUGGCAUCUCUGUCCUCAUGGUGGAUGUCUUCUCGGUUCUGCUUGGUGGCCUACAGUACACCAGUAAAGGUCGGAGGCUACACCUUGCCCCCAGGGCGUCCCUGCUGGCCGCAUUGCUGUUUGCUGUCCAUCCUGUGCACACUGAAUGCGUUGCUGGUGUUGUCGGCCGUGCAGACCUCCUGUGUGCCCUGUUCUUCUUGUUAUCUUUCCUUGGCUACUGUAAAGCAUUUAGAGAAAGUACCAAGGAGGGAACGCAUUCUUCCACCUUCUGGGUGCUGCUGAGUAUCUUUCUGGGAGCAGUGGCCAUGCUGUGCAAAGAGCAAGGGAUCACCGUGCUGGGUUUGAAUGCAGUAUUUGACAUCUUGGUGAUAGGCAAAUUCAAUGUUCUGGAAAUUGUCCAGAAGGUACUACAUAAGGACAAGUCAUUAGAGAAUCUCGGCAUGCUCAGGAACGGGGGCCUCCUCUUCAGAAUGACCCUGCUCACCUCCGGUGGGGCCGGGAUGCUCUACGUGCGCUGGAGGAUCAUGGGCACUGGCCCGCCCACCUUCACCGAGGUGGACAACCCAGCCUCCUUUGCCGACAGCGUGCUGGUGAGGGCCAUAAACUAUAAUUACUACUAUUCAUUGAAUGCCUGGCUGCUGCUGUGUCCCUGGUGGCUGUGUUUUGAUUGGUCAAUGGGCUGCAUCCCCCUCAUUAAGUCGGUCAGGGACUGGAGGGUAAUUGCAGUUGCAGCGCUCUGGUUCUGCCUAAUUGGCCUAAUAUUCCAAGCCCUGUGCUCUGGAGAUGGCCACAAGAGAAGGAUCCUUACUCUGGGCCUGGGAUUUCUCGUUAUCCCAUUUCUCCCUGCGAGUAACCUGUUCUUCCGAGUGGGCUUCGUGGUCGCGGAGCGAGUCCUCUACCUCCCCAGCGUCGGGUACUGUGUGCUGCUGACUUUUGGAUUUGGAGCCCUGAGCAAACACACCAGGAAAAAGAAAUUCAUCGCAGCUGUCAUGCUGGGGAUCGUACUCAUCAACAUGCUGAGAUGCGUGGUGCGCAGCGGCCAGUGGCGGAGUGAGGAACAGCUUUUCAGAAGCGCCCUGUCUGUGUGUCCCCUCAAUGCUAAGGUUCACUACAACAUUGGCAAAAACCUGGCUGAUAAAGGCAACCAGACAGCCGCCAUCAGAUAUUACCGGGAAGCUGUAAGAUUAAAUCCCAAGUAUGUUCAUGCCAUGAAUAAUCUUGGAAAUAUCUUAAAAGAAAGGAAUGAACUACAGGAAGCUGAGGAGCUGCUGUCUUUGGCUGUUCAAAUACAGCCAGACUUUGCUGCUGCAUGGAUGAAUCUAGGCAUAGUGCAGAACAGCCUGAAACGGUUUGAAGCAGCCGAGCAAAGUUACCGGACGGCGAUUAAACACAGAAGGAAAUACCCAGAUUGUUACUACAACCUCGGGCGUCUGACACAGGCAGGAAGAGACCCCGAGACCACCCUUCACAAGUAUGCAGAUCUCAAUCGCCAUGUGGAUGCCUUGAAUGCGUGGAGAAAUGCCACCGUGCUGAAACCAGAGCACAGCCUUGCCUGGAACAACAUGAUAAUACUCCUCGACAAUACAGGUAAUUUAGCCCAAGCUGAAGCAGUUGGAAGAGAGGCACUGGGAUUAAUACCUAAUGAUCACUCUCUCAUGUUCUCGUUGGCAAACGUGCUGGGGAAAUCCCAGAAAUACAAGCCUUCCUGAUACAGCUGGAGUCUGACCCUCUUGGAAGGAGUUUCAGCCCCUGAAACUUGGAAUGUAGACACUGACUUUGGACUGACACCCCAUAUGUUGUCCUGAUGUCUUGAGUCCCUCUUGGAUGACAUUUCUGAAAUACAAGUGUUUCUCUGCCAGCUCUGUCUAAAAGGUCAUGGUUUUGGAGAUGGUCACCCACAUUCCCAGCCGAUUUCUCAGGAGUAUGAUGGGCCACAAUGGGGCAAAGGAACUGGUGGUCUUGCACAUUAUAAAAUGCACAGUCCCAGAUUUGGGAAGCCCACCUGGAGAAAUUCAUGUGUGACCCAGAUAGAAGGCACAAAAACUCCCCACGCCAACAGAUUUGGUUGGUUAAGCUCAGUGUGUGAUACUGAUUUUCUUUUUUUUUUUUUGAGUCUUGCUCUGUCGCCCAGGUGGAGUACAGUGAUGCAAUCUUGGCUUACUGCAGCCUCUGCCUCCCCGUUCAAGUGAUUCUCCUGCCUCGGCCUCCUGAGUAGCUGAGAUUAAAGGCCUGCACCAUCACGCCUGGCUUUUUUUUGUAUUUUUAGUAGGGAUGGGGUUUCUCACUGUAUUGGCCAGACUGGUCUCAAAACUCCUGGCUUCAAGUGAUCUGCCCACCUUGACCAUCCAAAGGAUUGGGAUUUCAGGCAUAAGCCACCACGCCCAGCAUGUGAUAUUGAUUAAAACAUGCUUCCCUUUAGGAAUGUGUAGGUGGGUGGAGUGAACAGUGCCCCGCCACCCCCGCCCCAGGGCACAUGUCAAUAAAAACAGAUAGGCAUCUUUAUUUCUCAGCAUUAUGGUAGAAAGGGACCAGCCAGCCAACAGUUUUUAGCAGUGAUCAGGGUAGGAAGACACUGCCCUGCUUCUUAGUAGCCAGGUUGGAAGUGAGUAUGACUUGGAAGAAAUGCAAGGCCGCUCAAGAAUCAAUUCACACCCAUCAGGGGCAUUUGGUCAUGGUCAUGUCCGGUACUGCAACAAUGUAGAUGACAGGUGGCCAUUCCUUCCUCAUUUUCUGCUCAUUCUUUCCAGAUGAAUGGGGCUGCUUCUGGGCUGCCCAGCAUGUUGUAGGUUCUUGGGGGAGAGGAAAUGGCCCUCGACUCCUACCCCGAGAGCUCUAGAAGUCAGUUUCCUGGUACUGGCUGGAAGUGGCAUUGGUGUGGGUGUGCUCCAGGACUCAGCCCUCUCCUGUUCCCCAGGCCUCCUGUCAUCCUCACACACCCUGCCCUGGGUGACUUGCAUAACGCUGCAGAAGUCCAACCACUGCAGGGAGGCAGGUGGUGGCACUGACGAGCAUGUCCAUCCCCUCUCUGCAGCCACCACUCCCUCCUGCUGCCCUUCUGAAUAUUUCUGGAGGAAUGCAGUGAUACAAAAAGAGAAGUUUGGAAACCGUAGGUGAUAAAACUGGGAACCGCUUGGGCUUCAUGUACAACAAAG